UGGCGGCUUUUUGUGUGGCUCUCCUGCGAAAGUAGUUGAAAUGAAUGUAAAAUAAAGAAGAAAUAAUCAAAGCGAGAGUAUCCCUGUGAGAUUUAAAGGGCGCGUUAAGCUCCGGAGCUUUGGACGGCCAUAAUUUGUGGAUUUAAAAACUCAAACUCGAUGUAGCUAACAUGCUAGCCUUUGAGCUAGGUUAGCUAACGACAGCAGAGAGUAAAAGCUAGCCCUGGUCUUAAAUUAAGGCCGGUUUUUCUUUAAAUUGAAGCAAUGUUGGGGUUUCUGACAGCAAGACAGGCUGGUCUGGAUGACCCUCUGCGACUGAGACGUGCAGAGUCAACGAGAAGGGUCCUCAGUCUGAAGUUGAAUCCUGACAGAGACGUGGACAGGAUCCAUGGAAAUGGCAUCAACAGCCUUGACAUUGAAGCAGUAGAGGGUAGAUACAUGUUGUCUGGUGGAGCAGAUGGCGUGAUCGUAAUCUAUGACCUGGAGAACUUCAGUGGGAAACCACAGUACACCUGCAAGACAGUUUGCACAGUAGGCAGGUCGAGUCGGCACGUCCACAAAUUCAGUGUGGAGACAGUGCAGUGGUAUCCUUAUGACACAGGCAUGUUUGUCUCGAGUUCCUUUGACAAGACCAUGAAAGUGUGGGACACUGAGACACUGAAGCCUGCUGAUGUCUUUGAGUUUGAGGGAAAUGUCUACAGCCACCACCUGUCCCCCAUUGCCAGGAAGCACAGUCUCAUUGCAGUUGGCACCAAAAACCCUAAAAUCCAACUGUGUGACCUGAAGUCUGGUUCACGGAUUCAUGUUCUUCAGGGUCACAGAGCAGAGGUCCUGUCUGUGCGGUGGUCACCCAGAUACGAGCACAUCUUAGCCACUGCCAGUGCAGACAGCAAAGUGAAAGUAUGGGAUGUGCGUCGGGCUUCUGGCAGUCUCUUAACUCUGGACCAGCACAAUGGAGAAAAGUCAAAAGCUUCCUCUGAGGCAGUGAACACAGCUCAUAAUGGCAGAGUGAAUGGCCUGUGCUUUACUGGAGAUGGCCUCUACCUCCUCACUACUGGAACUGAUGACCGUAUGCGACUAUGGAAUAGUGCCACUGGAGAAAACACACUGGUAAAUUACGGGAAGGUCUGCAACGAAAGUCGUAAAAGGCUACAGUUCACGGUGUCGCAUGGCUGCAGCCCAGAGUUUGUGUUUGUGCCGUGUGGCAGCUCAGUGGCGGUGUAUGCCCUCCACACAGGAGAGCUUGUCACUAUGCUGAGGGGUCACUACAACAACGUCGACUGCUGUGAGUUCCACCCGGACUACCAGGAGCUGUAUAGUGGAGGUAAAGACUGUAACAUCCUGGCGUGGGUUCCUGUCCUUCGUGCCUCAGAUGUGGAAGAAGAAUCAAACAAUGCAAUUAAGGGAGCUGUUGGCCAGACUUCAGUUAACCCUGCCUUUCAGGAUGCAUGGAGCAGUGAGGAAGAUUAAUGCUGCUGUUUUGAAUGUUUGGCCAAAGUGGACGUACAGGUGUCUGACCAUGCAAAUGACAACGCAUCCUAUGCAAUAAACUUGUCAAAACAUUACAGGUCCAUGGACACCUGUAAAAGUCAUUGUGGGUUUAGGUUCUCCAGUUUUAUUAUUGCACACAAAGACUAGGGCCUUAAAAUGAAUAUGAAAUGUGUAAAUAAUUGUACGGCUUUAUAAAUAUGUGUUAUGAAUAAUGUUUGCUUUUGUACAUUUGAUACAGCAUUGUUAUUGUUGAUUUGCUGUUUUUUAUUGGUCCUUGGUAUUCUUAACAAGUUUCAUGUUGCUAAAGUCUUCUUAACAUGAUUUUGUAUUUUCAAUAAUUAAUUGUAGCCACGGGGGAUAUCUGCCACUGUUGACUGCUGACUGUUAAAAAAUGUGGAGAUUUUGCAAAAAGCAGAGUUAACCCUUACUGUUUGCUCAGAGAGAGAGAUUUGUUUGUUUUUAAACAGGUUUCAGUUUUUGUGUUUUUGCCACUGGAUUGGGAAGAGAGUGUAAGACGAGUGGGCAAUCAGAAACACGGCCUUGUUGUCAUUCCUGCAAUACUUUGCAUUUGUGAGGAGCGAUACUGAAACCUUUCCCUCCGUCCCACUCCCCUCACAGUUAUACAUAUUGGCUUAUUUACCAUGUGAACACCUUGAACCCAAAUGAGGCCCUUCCCAUAAAAAUCUACAAAUAACAAAAACACAAUACAGUGAUGAACAUUGUUAUCCUUUAAGAAAUAUAUACACUUAUUUCUUGCAUAUCAACACUAUUCAUAUCCAGGGUACUGUUUCUGUCAUUUAAUGUAACAGUCAGUUCUCUUUAUCCAAAAUUACCGGAAGUGUCUUGAAUUGUACAUUUUUUAAUUAUGUCUGUUUCUUUAUAAUAAAAGCACUGGGGGCAUGCUACCUUAUUUAUUUCA